AUGCAGAGGGAAAUUGCUUAUACAGGCCGAGAUGGGCCAAGUGCUUCCCGCCCCGGAUCUGCCACUCACCCUCCGCACGCAAUGCCCAGCUCUCCGCCCUCCACCCCAGUGCCCCACUCCAUGCCUCCCUCUCCGUCCAGGAUUCCCUAUGGCGGGGGCCGGCCCAUGGCUGUGCCAGGCAACGCCACCAUCCCCAGGGACCGGCUCUCCAGCGUGCCAGCCUCGCGCUCAAUAUCACCCAGCCCAAGCGCCAUUUUGGAGAGACGGGACGUGAAGCCAGAUGAGGACAUGAGUAACAAAAACCUUGCCCUGAUUCGAAAUGAAGGUCUGUACGGUGACCCCUACUUGUUUCAUGAGGGGAGGAUGAGUGUGGCUGCACCCCACUCUGGACACCCCCUCGAUGUCCCUGAUCACAUUGUAGCCUACCAUCGCAGUGCCAUGAGGUCAUCAAGCACUUACUGCAACCCUUCUAUGCAGCCUGAAAUGCUGGAGCAGUCCUUGUACAGACAAAAGUCACGAAAGUACCCAGAGAGCCACUUGCCCACUCUCGGCUCUAAAACGCCUCCUGCCUCACCCCACAGGGUGGCUGACAUGAGAAUGAUCGAUAUUCAUCCUCACCAUAGCACUCACAUUCCCCCCCACACCAUCCAGCCUGACAGGUCUUCCCCCAGCCGCCAGUCCUUCAAAAAGGAGCCGGGACCACCUGUGUUUGUGGACACAAAAGCACGGAGCGCCUUCGGCCUCCCGGGCAUGGCCGAGGCUGUGCCCUCUCCGGUUGACAAGCAGGCUUUUGGCUACGGGUCACCUGUGAUGCCCAAGGACAAAGAGACAAGUGAGAAGAUGAUGUUGAAAAUUGUGCCCAGCAAGAGCAGCAUUGACACUGCCGGCGCUGCUAACAUAUCUGGGGCGAAGAAUGUGUUGGCAACUAUGGAGCCAGCUGUCAUCCAUCACCCUGCUGGAGCCCCAUCAAUGCAAGUCAGCCUGCAUGGUAUGAAACGCAAUGUGUCGGAUCUGCGGCUGCAGCUGCAUCAGAUGAAGCAGCUACAGCUGCAGAACCAGGAGAUGCUGAGGGCAAUGGUGAAGAAAGCAGAGCUGGAAAUCAGUGGCAAAGUGAUUGAAACAGUGAAGAGGCUUGAAGAUCCUGUGCAGCGACAGCGCAACCUGGUGGAACAAGAAAGGCAGAAAUACCUCAAUGAGGAAGAAAAGAUUGUAAAGAAGUUAUGUGAGCUGGAGACAUUUGUUGAAGACCUGAAGAGGGACUCCACUGCUUCCAGCAAGACAGUUACACUGAAAGAUGUUGAAGAUGGAGCCUUUCUUUUGCGUCAAGUGGGAGAAGCAGUUGCCACCCUGAAAGGAGAGUUCCCAACAUUGCAGAAUAAAAUGCGUGCAAUCCUGCGGAUUGAGGUAGAAGCCGUGAGGUUCCUAAAGGAAGAACCACACAAGCUAGACAGCUUGCUGAAACGUGUGCGCAGCAUGACUGAUAUCCUUACCAUGCUCAGGAGACAUGUUACAGAAGGACUGCUGAGAGGUGUGGAUCCAUCCCAAGCCGUGCAAUACUCUGCUAUGGAGAAGGCCACUGCAGCUGAUGCUCUGAAAAACCAGGAGGAACUCAAGCAUGCCCAGGGACACACACAGCAAAACCUCACAGCAAUCACAUCAGAGUCCCAGGUGCCAUCCGUCAAGUCAGAAGUCAUCCCCUUCUCAACAAUGACAGUCCAUCAUGUGCAGAGCUCGCCUGUUGUCAUCCAUCAGUCUCAGCACACAUCAGCCCUGGUCAACCAUGCCCAGGGUUCACCCACUGCACUCAGCCACAGUGAAGGUGUGCCGGUGGGUGGCCACCUCUCAGCCACCACACCAGCCCCCCUGCAAGAGCCCGCAACAGGAUCCCAGCCCACACAAGCCACGCCAGCACCACAGGUCUCUGUCAAUGGCACCACCAUGCAAAGUCUUUUCAUUGAGGAAAUUCACAGUGCAAGCACCAGAAAUCGAGCUGUAUCAAUUGAGAAAGCUGAAAAGAAAUGGGAAGAGAAAAGGCAAAACCUCGAUCACUAUAAUGGAAAGGAAUUUGAAAAGCUCUUAGAAGAGGCCCAGGCCAAUAUAAUGAAGUCAAUUCCUAACCUGGAGAUGCCUCCCCAGCCAGCAGCCCUGCCUAAAGGGGAAGCAGUGGAAAAACUAGAAGUCUCAGAAGAAGUUACUGAUGGAGAACAGGAUAAUGACAAGCUGAGCAAGUCUCCACCUCCUCCACCUCCACGGCGCAGUUACCUGCCAGGGUCAGGACUAACCACAACGAGAUCAGGAGAUGUCAUCUAUGCAGCCAGAAAAGAGGCUGCUGCUGUCAAGGAGUGCAGUGAAGAUGCUGGGCAAAUAGCACAAUCCAAAGCCCCUAAAGAGGAUCAGGCAUUGUCUCGCAGCACAGGGCAAGCUGUAGCAUCAGCUGCAAAAGAUGAAGAGGAAGAGGAAGGAGAUAAAAUAAUGGCAGAAUUACAGGCUUUCCAGAAGUGCUCUUUUAUGGAUGUAAACUCAAACAGUCAUGCUGAACAGUCCAGAAAUGAUACACAUGUUAAAGACAUAAGGCCUGGGACUUUAAUGCAUCACAAGGAAAAGAAGAAUUUGGAAUUUUGCCCUGAAGACAGACAGGAAUCAGAUGACAACUUCAGACAUGCGCCCCUCCGCUCGUUUCCGCAGGGCUCCAGCACUGCCUCGCAGACAAGCCGGAUGCCGGUCCCCAUGGCUUCAAAAACUAGACAAGGAAGCAUGGAGAAAGCAGGCAAACAACACAAGCUGCAGGAUCCACGCCAAUACAGACAGGUAGUUUUACCCUAA